AUGUGUCAAGAUCUCCCAACGGAUGGCUUCAAGUGGAUCUCAAACGUUGACGAAUUUAGCGAAAAGAGAAUUGCGAAGCUUGUCGAAAAAAACAAGUAUGGAUACUUGCUCGAGGUUGACAUAGACUAUCCUGAGAGGCUACACGACAAGCAUAACGGGUUACCGUUUUCACCUGAACGCAUGACGAUUAACAAGGUUGAAAAACUGGUACCAAAUUUAAAAAACAAGCGUGGAUAUGUGGUACAUAUCAGAGCUCUAAAUGAGGCUAUAAAGCACUGGCUUGAAUUGAAAAAAGUACAUAGGGUCAUUCAAUUUAAUCAGGAACCAUGGCUUAAAGGGUAUAUAAAUCACAAUAUGAGGCUAAGAACUGCUGCCAAAAAUGACUUUGAGAAGUAUUUCUACAAGUUAAUGAACCUCUCGGUGCUCAACAAGACCAUGGAGAAUAUUAGAAAUCAUCGGAACAUUCAGCUGGUUACCAACGAGGACAAGUGUAGAGAUGGGGAAGACGGAGGUCAAAGUGAGCAAAGCCGGUGUAUAUAUGCCAGGCAAUCCUGGACCUGUCAAAUCAUGUAUAAAUUUCACUAUGACUUUAUGCACCCAAAAUAUGGUAGCAAAUUGCAGCUCUGUUACAUGGACACGGACUCCUUGUGUAACAUAAGAACAGAAGAUUUUUAUCGUGACAUUGCGCAGGAUGUUGAGGACCGUUUCGAUACGAAUGCUUAUAAUUUAGAUGAUGGGAGACCUCUUCCUCUGGGGAACAAAAAAGGCCUCAUGAAGGAUGAAUUAGGUGGAAAAAGUAUGACCGAGUUCAUCACCCUGAGAGCAAAGUUAUAUGCUUAUGAGAGUCUUACAAAAGAGGACGGUAACAGGAAAGCGAAGGGCGUAAAAAGAUGUGUUACCAAGAAGUCUAUCACUUUUAACGACUAUAGACGAUGCUUGGAAGAGGGCAUUGAUAUAUAG